AUGUACCAGGGAUUAGAAUUAAGCACAAGAGCUAUUGAGAAAGCAGGAUGGAAAGUCUCCACGCCCCUCCAGUUGCAGGAUCUGGACACCGAUACAGCUAAGCACUUUAUUCAAAAGGACUGCAAGCGAGACCUGCGGAUAAAUUGGGACGGGGACUGUCUCCGGUGUCUGGUCGUGCAUCUCGAACCCCAAGAACGGGUAGCAAUUAAAGAUCCAGUUUUGCAAACUGCGCUCCGAAAAGGAUGGAUUCCAGCGGAAUUCGUUCGUCUUCUGGGGAGUGGGAAUGCAGGCACAUCGCUCCUGUGGACGGCUGACCGAAGAAGUCUUUUCCUACAGCUACCCAAAGCUGGGAAUGGCCUUGUCACGAUGAUCUUAACAUGCCUACCCUCCGUGCGACCAAAUGCAAGAUGUCAACCCCAAACCGAUUGGGCCUGCAUCAUCCUGUCUUCCGAUGGUGUUGACAUUGAGAGCCUAUUAGCUAAAGAUCCCUUCCCGAAUGACUACACCAGGAUGCCGGCAGAUUUCAUGAUUCUUCCCGUGAGCCUGUUCCGAUGGCGGGUGGAGCUGCUCGUCGAGGAAUUGGAGAAUCUCACUCGCAAUGUGGUAAAUGAAGAAGAACAGCUAAUAUCGGCAGUCGAGCUGUCUGAAUUGGACUUGAUUAGGAAGGCCAUCUUCGAGCUCGGAAAGGUACAAUUGCGAUUACGGAGGAAAUGGGUCUGCACGCUGGAGGUUGCAGCGACACUCUCGCAGUAUUUUGACGCUAUUGAGAGGAGAUAUGCUGAGGAGGAAGUCGCACCGCGGUAUUCCGAGAUUCUUAGACAGAGAGUCCGGAUGGAUGCACAACUUUGUGGGUCAUUGGAAUAUGACUUGCAGAUCAUACCGUCGAAGAUUGAUUCCCAGCGCCAGAUGGUAUGUCCUCAUGGAGAGAUCCAAAAGUAA